ACAGAGACGCAGACAUGAAGACUCACAAGCUUUUGUUCAUAGCGCUGCUGGGCCUGCUGCUGUGGGCCUCUUGCACGCAGGCCGAGGACAGCACUGACAACCAGGCAGAGUCGCAAGAGGAGACGUCUGAGGAGGCAUCGGAGGAGACAACUGAGGAGGCGGAGGAGGAGGCACCAAAAAAAGAGAAAACAACUGAGAUAGAGGAGGAGAAUAACGUCAUGAUCCUUCACAUCAACAAUUUUGAAAGAGCCCUCAGCGAGAAUCAGUAUUUACUGGUUGAAUUCUAUGCUCCUUGGUGCGGUCACUGUAAACAGCUGGAGCCAAUUUACGCCGAGGCUGCCGAGAAGCUGAAGGAGGAGGAGCCGGAGCUGCGCUUGGCCAAAGUGGACGCCACAGAGGAGAAAGAGCUGGCUGAAGAGUUUGACGUCGGAAGCUUCCCCACUCUGAAACUCUUCAUCAAUGGAGACCGCAAAGAGCCUGUCGAAUACACCGGUAAGAGGACGACGAUAGGGAUAAUCCAGUGGAUGAAGCGUCGCACUGGCCCCGGUGCUGAAGCCCUGGAGUCUGCAGACUCUGCAGCUCAGUUCAUAGACGCCCAUAACAUCACUGUAGUGGGAUUCUUCGAGAGUUUGGAUAGUGAAGCUGCUCAGGUGUUUAAGGAAGUUGCUAUGGAGAUGCCUGACACAGAGUUUGGAGUCACAGCCACUCCAGAGGUUUUCCAGAAGUAUGAGGUGAAAGGCAGCUCCGUGGUGCUCUUCAAAAAGUUUGAUGAUGGCAGAGCAGACUUUGUGUUGUCAGAAGAAGGGAAGCUGGACAAAAACAACACGACCACCUUCAUCAAGCAAAACAGCCUGCAGCUGAUCAUCCGAUUCAGCCAGGAGGUAGCAGACAAAGUCUUCAACUCUGGCAUCAACGUGCACUGCCUUCUGUUCAUGAACUCCACAGUGGAGAGUCAGAUGAGGCUCCUGGAAAAAUUCAAGGCUGUUGCCAAGGAGUUCAAGGGAAAGCUGCUGUUCAUUCUGAUAGACGUGUCAGAGCCCCUGUCACACGUGCUGAGCUACUUUGCCGUGUCCAAGGACGACGCCCCCACGAUGCGCAUCAUUAAUAUGGACACAGGAAAGAAGUACGCCAGUGACUCAGAGGAACUGACCAUAGGCUCACUACGACAGCUGUGCCAAGAGAUUGUGGAUGGUACUGCAAAGCCUUACUAUCGGUCAGAGGAUAUCCCAGAGGACUGGGACAAAGGACCAGUUAAAAUCCUGGUGGGAAAGAACUUUGACUCCAUCGCUCUGGACCCGACCAAAAAUGUGUUUGUGGAGUUUUAUGCUCCAUGGUGUGGACACUGCAAGGAGUUGGCUCCCAUCUGGGAUCAGCUUGGUGAGAAAUAUGCCGACCAUGAUGACAUCAUCAUAGCCAAAAUGGAUGCGACAGCCAAUGAAGUGGAGUCUCUUGACAUUAAGAGUUUCCCAACACUCAAAUACUUCCCAGCUGGUGACAAAGAGGUGAUCGAAUACACUGGACAAAGGGACCUGGAGACAUUUUCUAAAUUCCUGGAUGGUGGAGGAGUUUUACCUAAAGAGGAAAAGGAUGAGGAUGACGACGAUGAUGAUGAUGAUGAUGAUGAUGAGGAUGAGGAGGAUGAGAAGAAGGAAGGCGACAAGGCUGCUGGCGAUAGCAAGGAGCCCGAUGAGUCCACAGAGGAAAAGACCAAUAAAACAUCCAAAGAUGAGCUGUAAUGUCACUUUUUGGCCAAUCAGGAUCAACCUA